CACAUCGGAUGCGUCUUUGUGCGGACUGAAGCGCCAUCUUCUUGUUUUAGCGGACUGUGGUGACAAAAACACAGGGAAAUUGGCUCUGUUCGUUCGAUUAAUUUAAUUUAUACACGGAAUAAUAUACUUUCUUUUGCAACGGCCUAUUUUGUAGUCCGUUUUUAUUCAAAUAAACGCCUUGCGGUUUUGUGGCAAACACUGGUCGCUAACGUUAGCUACUUGUUACCUGGCCAGUGCUAGCUAACCGUUUAGACUGUGCGUACAACAUCGAGAAAAGAAGCCAACAAUCGUACCGUAGUUGAUAACCUUAAGGUCAACACUUGGCUAAAUAUAUAUUUGAAAAUCGUAUUCUGUUUAAGAGUUUUCGAGAAAAUGAGGGGAGGUUCUUCAUAUGGAGACAGAGACCGGGACCGUGGACGCGAUAGAGGUUCUCGUUUUGGAUCGAGUCGGGGCUCUCCCCCGAGAAAGUUUGGGAACCCAGGGGAACGACUGCGUAAGAAGAAGUGGGAUCUGGAGGAGCUGCCCAAGUUUGAGAAGAACUUCUACACGGAACACCCUGAUGUGCAACGCAUGAGUCAGUAUGACAUGGAGGAGUUUCGCAGGAAGAAGGAGAUCACCAUCCGGGGCUCAGGUUGCCCCAAGCCCGUCACCAGCUUCAGCCACGCACAUUUUCCCCAGUAUGUGAUGGACGUGCUGAUGCAGCAGAACUUCAAGGAGCCCACGGCCAUCCAGGCACAGGGCUUUCCCCUGGCGCUGAGCGGCCGCGACAUGGUGGGCAUCGCCCAAACCGGCUCCGGGAAGACUCUAUCGUAUCUCCUGCCUGCUAUUGUGCACAUCAACCACCAGCCCUACCUGGAGCGAGGAGACGGCCCCAUUUGUCUGGUCCUGGCGCCGACCCGUGAGCUGGCCCAGCAGGUGCAGCAGGUGGCGUUUGAGUACGGCAAGUCGUCCCGCAUCAAGAGCACCUGCGUUUACGGCGGGGCCCCCAAAGGACCCCAGAUCAGGGACCUGGAGAGAGGUGUGGAGAUCUGCAUCGCCACCCCGGGGCGUCUCAUCGACUUCCUGGAGGCGGGGAAGACCAACCUGCGGCGCUGCACCUACCUGGUGCUGGACGAGGCCGACCGCAUGCUGGACAUGGGCUUCGAGCCGCAGAUCCGCAAGAUCGUGGACCAGAUCCGGCCGGACCGGCAGACGCUGAUGUGGAGCGCCACCUGGCCCAAGGAGGUGCGGCAGCUGGCGGAGGACUUCCUGCGGGACUACGUGCAGAUCAACGUGGGCGCCCUGGAGCUCAGCGCCAACCACAACAUCCUGCAGAUCGUGGACGUCUGCAUGGAGAGCGAGAAGGACAACAAGCUGCUGCAGCUCAUGGAGGAGAUCAUGGCCGAGAAGGAGAACAAGACCAUCAUCUUCGUGGAGACGAAGAAGCGGUGCGACGACCUGACCCGCCGCAUGCGGCGAGACGGGUGGCCUGCCAUGUGUAUCCAUGGCGACAAAAGCCAGCCCGAGAGAGACUGGGUCCUGACCGAGUUCCGCAGCGGGAAGGCUCCCAUCCUCAUCGCGACGGACGUGGCCUCCCGCGGUCUGGACGUGGAGGACGUUAAGUUUGUCAUCAACUACGACUACCCGAACUCCUCGGAGGACUACAUCCACAGGAUCGGCCGCACGGCCCGCAGCACCAACAAGGGCACGGCCUACACCUUCUUCACCCCCGGGAACCUGCGGCAGGCACGCGAGCUCAUCCGCGUGCUGGAGGAGGCCCGGCAGGCCAUCAACCCCAAGCUGCUGCAGAUGGUGGACUCUGGCCGUGGAGGAGGUGGAGGAGGGGGUGGAGGUGGCCGGUCUCGUUUCCGUGGCAGCGGCUCCAACUCCAACAACCCCAACCUGAUGUACCAGGACGAGUGCGACCGGCGCAUGCGCACGGUGGGGGGCGGGAGCCGGGACAGCCGGGGGGGCACCAGCGGGGCCUCGGGGGGCAGCGGCGGCGGCGGCGGCAGCGGCAGCUUCAGCCGCGACGGGCGAGGGGGCGGGGGGAGCCGCGACGGAGACCGCUCUUCCUCCUCCUCCUCCUCUUCCUCCUACAGGGACCGCGGCGGGAGGGACGGUCGCAGCGGCGGCGGCGGCGGCUACAGUAACGGCUCCGCCUCCGCCGGCCUGGGGGACCAGUACCCGAGCUACAGCAGCGGGGGCCAGUACAGCUCCAGGGCCGCGUCCCAGGCCGGAGCCGCCGCUUCCGGCGCGGGCGGCGCGGGGCAGGAGCAGCCGGGGCAGCAGCCGGGGCAGUUUGCCAGCUUGAGCGGCCGCGCCAGCCAGCCCGCGCCGCCGCCGUCGGGACCCCAGCCCCUGAUGGCCCAGCAGUUCUCUCCACCUCAGCCCAUGAUGGGCUUCAUGGGACAGGGUCCCUUCCAGUUUGCACCCCCGCCCCCUCCACCGCCACCCCCACCUAGAAAGUAAAUGAAACCCCUCCCGCCCCCCCCCCCCCCCCCGAACAUAAGGACGUUGAACACCGCUUAGAACCGAUACGCAGCCCUGUGUAGAUGUAGGCGUGUCAGGGAACCGGACUUGGAAGGUAAGGGUUAGUGUUUCAGGAGGGAAUCUGGAGUAAUUGAAAAUGUCCUGAAACCACCCUUUUCACCUAUAGCUCAUUAGAAGUGCAAAUGUUUUAAGGGACCUCAACGUCAUCUUUCUAAUGCUCUCCUCUAUUUACCUAAUCUCAGAGGAGGUAAAGAUCACAUAGCAGGAAUUACUUGAACUUUAGGCAAGGAUUUGGUUUGUAUGCUCCAUUAAGGGGAGUAAUAUGUUGUGUUUGAGUGUUUGACUACUGGGUGAAGUUCCUGUGCUGGGGGAAAAAAAGAUUUGAAAAUCCUAGAAGAUGCUUUAGAAACAUACAGGCAUUAUUGAUCCUGGACGAUUGUAAGUCUUGCUUUGGAAGACCUCAAUGAAAAGGCGCCGCUAAAUCCAAAACAUUUUUUCCAGUGUUUGGAGGGCGGAAUAAGAAAUCAAUCAGAUUUCCUUUUUUUUUUUUUUAAAUAGGAAGUAUAUCUCUGGUCUAGAGCUAUCAUUUACGGAUGCCCAACUGACAAUUUCCAGUUGUGCAUAGAUAUUUUUUCUCAGCUUCGGUCUUCAAACUUGAAAAGGGUAGUCCUUUAGUUUAUAUUUUAAUUUUCUUGUACAAAACCAUUUUUUCUGCAGUAUGGGCCUUUUGUUGGAUUGAUUGCUUUAGUUGAUUGACAGUAUGCUACUUUGCUUUUUUGAUCAGUGGACGAGGUAGGUGCUACAGUUUUUUAUAUAUUUUUGCUUCAGCUUGCUCAAUUGUAAUCUACAUGGGUUGGUUGUGAUUCCUGUGCAGCUAAUGUUUUUCUUUUUUGCCGUGUUUAGGUAAUGUUGAAUGGCUAUUCGCUUACAGGGGUGUGAUGAUCGCAAGCAUGUUAAUAUAUAGGGGUUUAUAUUUUCUAAAGGUAAUUUCCCAUUGACACGGUUUUUAAACGAGUAGUCCAAAUGGAUAUUUGCUGAAACGAUUCAGCUAUUAUGUUUUUAGAAUGGCAGCGUCGGGCAGACGUGAUUGUUAACAAUUGGAAAACAAAGAAAAAGAGCUUCAAACAUCAAACUUUAAUUCCAAAGAAAAUGCAUUUGGUGAAGACAUCUUUCAACUAUUAGGACAAAACGCUGUCUUCACUUUUGUCAACUUUGGUCUUUAUAGCAUGAAAAUUGCUGCCUUUUGGAGGAAUCCAAUUUUCUGUAAAUACCCCGCUUGGUUUUUUGAUUAGUGUGAAAUUUGAUCUGAAGGAGAAUUUGGUAGUGGUCGUCGUUGGAUUUUUUUUUUUUUCUGACCAAUUCUAUAACCCCUGUAAAGUCUGUGCGAUGUCUCUUCCUUAUUCUAUUAUUCUUCUGUUUAACACCCCUAAGCAGUCCCCAAAGGAUGCUACGCUAAUAUUAGAUGAGCUUUGUGUAACUAAAAUGUGACUUUUCACUUUUUAUACAGUUUCGUUGUUUUCAGGCUAAAUAAAGAUUCUGGAAGUUA